AUGUCAUUUUUGUCUUUAAGAUAUAGAGCCAGAUAGUGGCGCCUUAGGGGGUGGCGAGCAGGGCAAUAGCCCGGGGCCUCGCUCUCGGAGGAGCCUCGCGCAACAACCAAGUAGAAAAAAGUUGAUAUUUAAAAAUUUUUAUUUUAUCCUUGGCGAUUAGUUAUAACAAUAAAAUAAAUUUAAUUCAUAGUACAGUAUAUAUUAAUAUUAAUAAGUGCCUAAAUAAAAUUUCUUAUUUAGAUUUAUCCACUCUCACAUUCGUAUAAAUAGUAAGAUUAACGAUAUCAAAAUUAAUUAAUUUAACAGUUAAUAAUAUUUUAUGUAAUUUGACUUACAUUUGAAAAAUUCAUUACUAUUUGAAUAUUACGCCUCGAGCAUUAGAAAACACACUUAAACGCGCGGUUUUGUUACUUUCGUGAUUCAUCGUGUUUACGAUUUACACUCGGGGAAUCCCUGUGUUUCAUUUCGUUUGUCAACUCUUGUCACCUGACACUUAUUUUGCUAGCCGUUGUAUGCAUUACAUAAUCGUUUGUAUAUAUCUUUCAGUAGGUAAAUAAACAUUAAAUGGUAUUAAGUUUCAGUGAAUCUUACAUUAUUAACAGUACUUAUAGUAAGGAGUGAACUGUUAAAAAAAACUGUGUAAAAUUGCUUACAAAUUAUUUCUGAAUUCGUUUUAUGUGCAAAACAAGAUUUAUGAAAUGAGUUCACGUGAUCGUGAUGCCGGUAGAAAAUUUGAGUCGGGUAAUUCAAAAAGGAAACGAGCUAUCAAAAGAAAGCGGGUAGAAGAAAAACUACGUGGGUCUUUAUAUAAAUAUAUAAAAAGUGAUUGUCAAGAAACCUCUAAAAACCCAUCAUUGACUGAAAGUGACACAUUAUUGCACUGUAACCUUAACCCAGCUGAAAUUAUUCCUUCAACAUCAUCAUGGAUGCCACCUAGUAACAAUAGCGAGGAUAAUGAGUCAACAACAUCAUUGUCUCUUACACCACCGCCGCCUUCGUCAACACUAUCCAGCCAAGAAUACGUAUCUAAGUCUAUGUCUAUAUCCACGACUGGCGGAAUUGAAAAUCUGAAUCCUCAGAAUGACCCAGGUUUGUGGCCAUUGACAAUUACUGAUGUAGACCGAACUGAGAUUGUAUUAAAAGGUCCAAUCCGGGUUAAAGUUGAUUUUUUUCCCGUAAAUGAUAACGGACAACGAUUCAGCGAAUAUCAUUACAGUAAAAUAUUAGCUAAUGGUGAAAAACUUGACAGGCGCUGGAUGAUUUAUUCACAAACAAAGGAUGCCGUUUACUGCUUUCCGUGUCGACUGUUCGGACUAGAAAAUACAAGAAUUGGAUCCAGUGAAGGAGUGUGUGAUUGGAAACACUUGGGUGAUUAUUUAAAGUCUCAUGAAUCUAGCCGACUGCACAAAGAUUGUAUGUUGAAAUGGUUAAAUUUAGAAAACGGAUUAAAAAGCUGUACCACUAUUGACUCUUUAGCCCAGAAUCAAAUUGAACAAGAAAGGCAGCGUUGGAGAGAUAUUUUAGAAAGACUACUUGCAAUUGUAAAUUUUUUAGCAUCUCACAAUUUGGCCUUCAGAGGUCAUAGAGAGAAAAUAAUAUCUGACUCAGAUUCAAGUGAGACUAGCGGCAACUUUAUAGAUUUAGUAAAGUUAAUAGCCCGAUUCGAUCCAAUGUUGCGACUUCACCUAAAACAAGUAACAGACAAGACGACUAAUGACCACUAUCUCGGAAAAAAUAUUCAAAAUGAGCUUAUACAAUUAAUGGCAAGUCACGUGAAGGCUCAAAUUGUUGACAAAAUAAUAAAGAAUAAAUAUUACUCGAUUAUUCUUGAUUGUACUCGUGACGUUUCUCGUGUUGAGCAACUGUCAAUUAUUAUAAGAUUUUUUAAUACAAAUACAGCUGACAUUGAAGAACAUUUUAUUGGCUUCUUAGCCGUCGAAAAAACCACAGCUGAGAGUUUGACUAAUUACAUAAUCACAGAGCUAGAACAGUUGGGUAUAUCAUUGCAAAACUGCAGAGGCCAAGGAUAUGAUAAUGGAGCCAAUAUGCGUGGAGAAAAAAGUGGUGUCCAGAAACGUAUACUUGAAAUUAAUCCACUUGCUUAUUUUUUACCUUGUGGGAGUCACAGCUGGAAUCUCAUCCUAGGAGAUGCAGCAUCCUCUUGUGUUCAAGCAAAAUCUUUUUUUGGUUUGCUACAAAGGCUGUACACUCUGUUUGCCGGCUCGAGUCAGAGGUGGGCUAUUUUAAAAGCACAUGUAAAAUCCUUAUCGCUAAAACCACUUUCCGAAACUAGAUGGGAAUGCAGGGUAGAAUCGGUGAAGGCCGUUAAAUACCAACUAAGCGAUAUAUGUGAUGCUUUGAAGGAUUUAACAGAAAAUACAACAGAUUGUCAGUUGGUUAGUGAAUGCCAUUCUGUAGAAAAGGAAAUAACUACCUACGAAUUUGUAGUUGCUCUCGUCGUAUGGUAUGACAUUCUUACAAAGAUAAAUGUUAUAAGUAAAAUCUGGCAGAGCGAAAAAAUGCUCCUAGAUGCGGCUAUACAACACCUAGAGGCAUUUACACAUUGGCUUGAUAAUUAUCGGGAAAAUGGUUUCCAAUCAUCCUUGGUAACAGUGAGAGAAAUAGCCGAGGAAAAUGAUAUUGAUAGAGAGUUCAAAGUCGUGAGAAGGAGAUGUAAAAGAACAAAUUUUGAUUAUGACCAGAAAGAUGAAGCUCUUGAAUUAUCUGAGGAAGAGAGUUUCAAAAUAAACUAUUUUUAUGUCGUUGUCGACAAUGUGCGCGCAAGCUGCCAACCUAGAUUUGAGGCACUUAAACAUCAUGAGAGCAUAUAUGGUUUCAUGUAUAACAUAAAAAGAUUAAAGGAAAUUAGUGAUUGUGAACUUUUGAAGCAAUGCAGUGACUUGCAAAUAUCUCUAACAGUAGGAGAAACAUCUGAUAUUGAUGGACAUGAAUUGUAUGAAGAACUGAAUAUGUUUAUCCGUGUAUAUGAAGGAAACGAUGACAUUAUCUCGGUGCUGAAAUAUAUAAUAGAAAACAAUUUAACUGAAGUGUACCCCACUAUGGAAGUAGUCCUGAGAAUUAUUGCCACCACACCUGUGACAGUUGCGUCUGCAGAAAGGAGUUUUUCGAGGUUAAAAAUGAUUAAAACAUAUUUCAGGAAUUCGAUGACACAAGAUCGGCUUUCGGCCCUUGCUAUUCUUUCAAUUGAAAAUGACGUAGCUCAUUCGUUAGAUUAUUCUGCUUUAAUUAAAGAUUUUAGUCUUAGGAAAAGCCACAAACAUCAUUUUUAA